CGAGGCAGGUUGACGGACCGAGUGCUCUGCAGCUGCCCGAGUCUUCCUCGCAAGUCAGCAGCAGGGCAGGCUGAAAAGACGGGUGGCUCGAGGAGCCUUCUAGUCCGUUCCAGCCCGGCCGGCUGCCCUGGAUCCAGGCCCGGGUUUCGCGCCACCACCUCUGGGUCGGUGAGCGCUUCCUCCUCCUCCCCCGCCGCGCGGUUGACUCAGCCUUAGGUCUCCCGCCGAGGCGCUGCUUUGCAAACACAGGCCAGGCGGAGGGAGGGAGGGAGUAACCAGCUCCUGCUCCUGCUCCGAAGCGGGCCGCCCUGCCGAGCCUCGGGCCCGAGCCUGCAGCAGCCGGAGAGCAACCGUUCCCGCGGCUGGGUCUUGCAACGCGCCGAGGAGCCCGCCCACCUGGACAGGAGUCUGUGGCCUGGCCUCUCAACAGGUGAUCACGAUGGAGAGUAAUGGUUCAUGGAGCAUCGCUAGAACUUAAUGGUUCCCUAUAUGAGAGAGUUUUCGGUGCCUAUGGCAAAAUGUAUACCAAUGAUCCUGGUCUCCUGGCUGGACCCCCACGUUUCAUGUGAAGAGGCGACGUCUUAAUGGGCUGUACCUGGCAGAGCUUCACGGAGACCGCGGUGUUUGGACUCUGAUGGUGUCGACUUGGCAGCGUUGUACUAAGUAAUUCCCAUGGAUCCAGAGAUCGACAUGGACUCCUUGCUGGAUCUCAGCUUCCUAACCGAGGAGGAGCAGAACGCCAUUGCAGAGGUGCUACAGAGAGACUCACAGCUGCGGACGUCUGAGGAGGGGCGGAUCAGUAAGCUGCGCCAGUCCGUUUCUGAUCCCAGCUGGCUGAAGAUCCUCUCUGGAGACUGGUUCUGUGACGUCCGUUCCAAGCGGCACCAACACAACCACUUUGGCUCUGACAUUGUCCGGGCUUCUAUCCGCAAGAAGAAGAAGCCCAGAGCAGGCGAGUUGUCUCUGAAGCAGCGAGCCAGCCUGGGAGAUCUAGAAGUGAUCAGUGAGCCCCCAGCAGAGGAGGAGGAGAGCACGGUGGAGGUUGUGGGCAUGCCAGAUGUCGUGGACAGACUACCCAGCAAAGCUUCUCCUCAGAUGUCCUGGACCAAUGAUGAGUUGGCAGCUGGCCCAGAGAUGGCUGACUUGACUCCACGGGAUGCAACCCAGUUACCGGAACAGAUGGCUGAGGAUGAGCUAGAGAGAAGCAACUCCUUUAGUAGCCUGAGUUCAGAUGCUGAGGAGGAAGAGCAGCAGAUGGAUGCACUACCGGCCAUCACGGUUACAGUGCAGACUAAUGGGGAUCUUGAAAAUGGCCAGGGAGAAGCUUCAGGUACUUCGCCUCCAAAGAACAAUGUGAUGAGUCCCCAGAAUAAAUGGCUGAGCACCAGUUCCUCAUUCUCCAGUCUCAGCUCAUCCACGAUGAGCGGCAGCUUGAUGAGCAUAUUCACCGACAACGAUAUUGGGACCGUAGACGUCCGUGGCUGCAUCCAGUUCUCCCUGCUGUAUCAUUCCAGGAAGAAGGAACUGCACAUUCAGAUCAUCCAGUGCCGAGAUCUUGCUGAAGCCAGGAAGCAGCGGUCAGACCCGUACGUCAAAGCCUACCUCCUUCCUGACAAAUCCAAUCACAGCAAAAGGAAAACUGCCAUUAAGAAGAGAAGCCUGGACCCCGUCUUCAACGAGAUUCUUAAGUACAAGAUUGAGAAAGCGGAUCUCCAGAGCAGGACCCUGAACCUUUCUGUCUGGCAUCAUGACUCCUUGAGCCGAAACCUUUUCAUGGGAGAGGUAGAGAUUCCUCUGAAUACCUGGGACUGGAGCAACACUAGUCCCCAGUGGUUUAACCUCCAGCCCAAGACAGCAGUCAGCCCAGAUAGUCUGUCUAGCCGUGGCAAACUCAAUCUGGCCCUGAAGUUCAUUCCAGCUGGUUCAGAAGGAGAAGGGCUUCCUCCAACGGGAGAGCUCCACAUCUGGGUGAAGGACGCACAGAACCUCAUUCCCCACCGGGGCAGCACAGCGGACUCCUACGUUCAGUGCUACAUCCUCCCUGAUGACAGCAAGUCAAGCCGCCAGAAGACCCGUAUUGUGAAAAAGAGUCUCAGCCCCACCUUCAACCACACCAUGGUCUACGACGGCUUUCAGGCCAAGGACUUGGCUGAGGCGUGUGCCGAAUUCAUCAUCUGGGACCACGAGACCUUCUCCAAGCAACCGCUCGGAGGUGUCCGCUUGAGUCUGGGCACAGGGAACAGCUAUGGCCUAGCAGUCCCAUGGAUGGAUUCGACAGAGGAGGAGCGCCACCUCUGGGAAAGGCUGUUCAAGCAGCCUGGGCAGUGGCUGGAAGCUGGACUCCCUCUGCGGACGAACUUGGCCCCUAGGACUUAACCCUGUACCUUGGCUGGUCUGCAGCGGGACGUCUGCAUGUGGUGGGACGAAGGGGGAAGCGAGAUCUCUGCAAAGGAGACCUGAUGGAUGUGAACUGAUGUCUAUCUCCAGAACUUCAGCUCUUGAAGAUGCAGCCAGGCAUAUCCCUGGUGCCACCUGACCAGAUCCAGGGGUUGCUGCUGCCGCCCUGUGUACCUGGAGGGCCCCUGCUCACAGAGAGGCUUUUCUCUUCUGCCUCUCUCCUUACCAGAGCAUCGACACUGAGACAAGCUGCCUCCAUUUUCUUAACUCCCGUGCCAGCACAUCAUAUCUCCAUCCUUGCUGCUGCACACAGAAACCAAACUCCUGUGUUAAAUCCUGUGUCUUCCUUUUUGCUGUUCUAGCAGGACCAUAAAAAUGGCAAAUAAUUGUUUCUUA